CCAAUCGGAUAGCCGGUAUGCGAGCCCCUGAUCGCUUUAGCGAUCAGAACUCCCCAAAGAUCGCGCAAAAAUCGAGAUAGCCAAUCAGAUCGCUGGAAUCGGACUCAGAGCGUGCAAAACUCAUGCGUAAGACCGCUUUUCUGCGCGUUCAUGUUGGAAGGGCCUUGCUACUGAAUGAUAUUUCAAAACUGGACUGUUAAACUUUCAAUACAUUACACUGUGCGAAGUUUGAUAACUGGACUGCUAUUUUAAUUUAACAAUUUUCCAUUUUUCUGGCGAAUUUUUACCUUAGUCGCAUGAUCGCUCUGAUCACCCCUAGAUCGGCCCCUGCUAUAAAAAAACUGUAAAAAAAUCUGAAAAAGAAGUCUAAAUUUUUGCCAUAGAGGGAUAUUGUGGAGCAAUUAAGGACUCAUGGGAGUAAACGCACUUCAAUAUAGCUAAUAUUCAAAAUGGCGCUUGUCGUUCUUUCAACAUGGCUGUCGGUUUAAAACAUUUACACAGAACUAGAAAUACCAUAUAAACGCUGAAAAGGUAAAGAAAUAGUAUUUUAACAAUCAGAAGGUGAGUUAAAUAAUAUAUUUUGUUUGAAUUAGAUGAUGAAUUUUACAUAUCAGAGUGAAAUCGUGUUGUUGUUCGAAGUCUAUAUCAAGUGUUGAGCUACACAUAUAUGCUGUCUACAUGUUAUUUUGAUGUAUUGUGAUUUUUUUUGCUAAUUAGAACGUACAAUGGAAAGUCUAAAUAAUUAAUUUUAGUGUCACUUCGCAUGAGGCUUAAUUUUGUCAUUUGUCAGAAAUCUCUAAUGUCGGCCAUUUUUACAUCUGAAAAAAGUACUUUUCCCCACUCAAACUUUGGGCAACCCUUCUAUUCCAUAUUCUUGACAUCAUAAUCUGUCAUUGUGCCAAGUAUGGGCUUGUCAAGAUUUCAAGGAUUUGCCUAAAAUUGGCAUCUUAACAGGGCUACUAAUGCUCAUUUUCUGAGUCGCCUUUUUCAUAUAAAUCAGACUUGCACAUGAAAAUUGCCAAAAUUCAGUACUUCCUUCAUUUUUUAGGCAAUUUUACAUUCUAUUAACAAAAACUAGAAACAAAAGCACAUCUUCUGACCUAAUCACAUUUCAUUGGCACAACCUGUAUAUAUGAGAAAAUUAAGGUGAAAAACAAGCAAUUUUAGCAAAAUACCUCACAUACUGAAAUUUGACGAUGAUCGUUGGCACACAGUAUCACUCAAAAACGAAAUAUUUAUACUUUGUCCAGGACAACAAACGCAUGUACUACAAAUUUCAAGUAAUAUUCCAUCAAUAUUAAGUUCAUACUUGAGGUUAUUUGCCGUAGAAAACACACAUUUUGCAAGAAACGUCAUUUUCGGCCAUGUUUCAGCGAAGAAUUCUUGACUGCUAAUUUCAUGUUUGCAACAAGUACUUGUAUUCUUGAUUAACAUGUAUUAACGUUUACGUCUGCUAGCUUUCCUUUGUUUUCCCUCUGCUGCAGUACGAGAAACAGGGUAGCGAAAUCUGUGUUUUUGUUGUUUUCACAAUUUUUGCUGGCAAAAAGAAAGCGGCCGCGAUAAAUUUGGUCAGCGACGACAAUUUUCCAUCUGUUAUACAGUAUAUAAUAAUUAUGAGUAGACAAUCGAUAUCAUUAAAAAAGCAUGCACAGUCACUCACGAAAAUGCUUUAGGAUGUCACUUUGGGCAAUCUUCUAGGAUAUAGCGAAAAGUUUUUUUAAAAUUUUAUCGGAGAAUUUUGACUUAUAUACACAGCCAGAGCAAAACAGAUAGUGUGUUUUCACAUGACAUCACAGCAGAAAUUAAUUUUAUAUGCCGCCAUGUUGGUGGAGUGAAGUUCCAACAUGGCGGCCGGCGAUUCAGAACAAAACAUAAACAGCGAGGCAGAAAAAGUAAUUUUUCAUGAGAUUCUUUUGUCUGAAUAUGCAAAAUCUCUCUAAGACAGCAACAGUCAAAUUAUUCAGAUUGUGGUGUACUUGCAAUCGCUUUUGCGACAAGUCUUGUUUACACAUUGGAUUGGUGGAUCCAAAUAUCCCACAUAUGUAUUAAUACAGAUUGGAACUUACUUAUAUGCUUGAUUGAAAGCUAGUCUCAUUACUCUUAUUCUGACUGCUGAGAGCACAAUAUAAAAAAGCUUACACCAAUAUUCAGUUUGCAUUUUUAUUGAACUAACUGUUAACAUUAUUAAUAUUUAACAUAAAACUCAAUCAAAGAUACAAAUUGAAAAUUAUUACAGACUUAAGACUUUGAUAAACGUUAAACAUUUUUGGUGGUCAAGACUGAGAACUGCCACAUGGUUGACCACUGGUCAACAGCAUGUUGUGUAAACAGGGGCAGAUUAGCACACCAGGACCCCUAUAUAUUGUUUAACUGGACAACAUUUUAUUUUGCAUAUUAUUCGUACAAUGUCAUAUAUUGGUCUGUUAAAGUGUUAAUCUACCCCUGUGCGAUUGCAAACUUUUGCACAACCUGCUGGCUAAUCUCAGCACUUUACACAAAAUAUGGCUUAAUGGGGGGGGGGGGGUGUAGGCAAAUGUCCAUACUUUGAUUUGCCACCAUCUAAAGGCCUGGUGUCAAAUUUGAGUAAAGAUUUUGUCUAUGGGACCCUAAAGUAGUUUAUUGCCCUGGCCUACCCCAAAUGGGUGGCCCAAUCAGUUACUUAACCCCACCAAUAAUAAAGUCCUAACAGACAUGGUUUUUAUAUUUAAAUAUUGGUUGUCUUUGAUCCAAAGUCCUUUAAAACAAUAUAUUUUCACAGGAAUGAAUGUAAACAAAGCUAUAUUUCGCGAAAUAUUAUGAAAAACGUAAACGCAUAUAAAAUUUCGCACUUCUCAAGUUGUAUGGUUUUGUGUCACGACUUUAUUUCGCCAGAUAUGUCGAGUGUUUAGUUUGAUGCAUCCACUUGCAUCCACUAUUAUUAUAGCUCAGUGUAUGCAUCACUACAUCACGUUGGGGCUGGCAGUGCAUCACUACAUCACGUUGGUGACAAAAGUGCAUCAGUGGCGCAUCUGUCCCGAGUCUUUUGGCCAAGUUUUCCCAACGACAUGUAUGGUUUUUUAAUAACGGUUCUUACUCUAUUUAAUGUCAUAUUCUUAAGCAAUAAUUAAUAAACAAUAUAAUGCUAUACCAAAUACUUAUCUAGUCCUUUUACUUUAAGAUAACCAGAUCAUAAUCCAUACACAUAGUUUCUAUAGAUCAAGUACCUUCCUAGGAAUUUGUCUCCUUGUUGACCUUCGUAGUGGCGGUGGUUGUUCAUUUUCAGUUUCAGGUAUAAUAGUAGGAAUUUCAACAGGACCGUUUUGGAUAUCUUUAUUACUGGAAUUUUCUUGCGGUGGUGAUUUUGAUACUUCGGCAGGAGGGGUUUGACACUCAGAUGUGGUAGGAAGAUUUACCUUUGAGAAUGAUACCGGGAUUUGAGACUCUUCAGUGUAUGCUUCAACAUGUGGAGGGUUGAUUUCUUGAAAGGUUAAUUUCUUGACAAAUGAUGAAUUUCUCGUUACGGAGGCGUCUGCAUUCUUGGCGGUGAUCAUACUCCCCUUUGUUUUAACAACUGUCAUUGGGUUAGGAUUAUAAACUGUUGAUCCUUUACUCAUGGUGAAUGGUCGCUUUACUAAUACUGAAUCACCAAGGUUGAUAUCGGAAGGUUUUACAUAACACUUCUUGUCGGCAUAUGCUUUGAUCUUCAUUUUCUGUGACGAAUCACGCUUUCGAAUUAUUUCGGAAACAGGGUUAACGUUGUUGGCUUGAGGAAUCUUGUUCCGGACAGCACGUUUCAUCAAUAACACACUAGGAGCUACGCCAGUGGUGGUAUGAGGAGUCAUUCGGUAGUUGCGUAGAAAUACUUGUAACUCUUUCCUCCAGUUCUUUCCUUCAGUCUUCGCAGCUUUGAUGUAUUUCUUUAAGGUCUUAUCAAACCUUUCAACCUCGCCAUUGGCUCUAGGCCAAAGUGGUGUAACUUUGCGAUGUUUAAAACCAAGCACUUGAGAAAAUUUGACAAAUUCAUCACCAUUGAAUGGUGAUCCAUUGGUGGAACACUACCAGGGGUGUUCCAAACGUGGCAAAUAACUUAUCUAACUUCGGUAUGACGGCACUCGCCAAGGUGGAUGACACUGGUUCAACAAACGGGAAUCUUGAAUAAUCAUCAACCAGCAAAAGAAGAGUUCCCCCAUUCACCGACGCGAAGUCAACACUUACUUCGUCAAAUGGGUUGUCCGGCAAGACACAUCUGGAGUGGUUCUCUGGUGUAAAUCGGUGUCACAAUUUGGCAUGGUAAACAGGCUUUAACCAUACUUUCCGUCAUUCGGUCCAUGCAUGGGAACCACACUUUCUCUCUGAGGCGGGCUUUGGUCUUCACUAUACCCAUGUGCCCUUCAUGGGCGAUGUUGACUAUUUGUCCUUGUAACGAUGCAGGUACAACACGAUACGAUCUGCCUUUAGGAGCAAAGAUUCGGUACAAGUCAACUGUUCUUUAACUUUCUCAUAACGGGAUAAGUUAUGGGUGGAGCUUUAUGCCAACAACCAGACAUAACAGCUUGAAGGGUAGGAUCAUUUGCAACUGCUGACUCUAUCUCAGAUAAUGUGACAGCUUUCGGCACAGCAUUCUUUGCAACAAAAGCAAUGUGUUCUUCAGCUUCGUCUUCAUACUUCUGAGAUUCCGGAUCUCCCAUUGGGUGUCUUGAGGAAUAGUCAGCUGGAUUGGAAACACCAGGACGAUAUUCUACUGUAAAACGAUAUUGCUGUAGAUCCAAUAGCCAAUGCUCAAUUCUGGCUGAGGAUUUGGAUGAUGGAUUGUUAAAUAAGGUAACAAGAGGCUUGUGGUCCGUGAUGACUUUCAAGUCAGUACCAUAUACAAACAGGUGGAAUCGUUUGAUUGCCCAAAAGAUUGACAGAGCUUCUCGGUCUAUCUGGGCAUACCUUGCUUGGGUUGGAGUAAGUGGACAAUUUGCAUAAUGUAGUGGUGUUACUUCCUUUGUUGAUGGAUUUUCGUGGGUCAGGACAGCACCAAGACCAACUGGACUACGAUUGACGAAUAUAGAUGUUGGUUUCUCUGGAUUAAACUAACCCAAGGUGGUCUUCGUUGACAAGGCUGCUUUAGGAGACUCGAACGAUGAUUGUUCCUCUUUUGUCCACUGCCAUUUCACUCCUGUGCAUGUGAGCUGACAAAGAGGUCUAGUAAUUACUGCGAAAUCUUUGAUGAAUCUUGAACAGAAUGCAGCAGAGCUUAGAAGACUUCGUACUUCUGAUACGUUCGUUGGUGGAAUGAUGCGUUGAAGACUUUCAACUUUUUUAGGAUCAGGUGACAUUCCUUUUUCUGAGAACAUGUGACCAAAGAAGAGCAUGGUGGGAACUCGAAACUGAUAUUUUGGAAGAUUAAUGGUCAACUCAUUGUCCUGAAGCUGCCGAAACAACUGUUUUAGACGUCGAUCAUGGUCGUCAUUAUCGAUGCCACCAAUAUAAAUAUCACUGAUAUUCUUCACACACGGUAUACCACAGAUUGCAUCACUAAUUUUCUUCUGAAAUAUUUCAGCUGCACAAGAAAGUCCAAAAUUAAGACGUUUAUAUCUGAACAAUCCUAUGUGGGUUGAGAAGGUUGUUAAUGGUUUAGAAUCAGGAUGAAGUGGAAUCUGAUGUUAGCCUUGAUUUAAAUCUAUUUUGCUGAAAACCUUACAGCCAUUAAGAUCAUGUACUACAUCAUCAAUGGUGGGGAUGAUAUAUUGCUCUCAGAUAAUAGCUUUAUUUAGUGCUCGCAUAUCAACACAAAUACGUAUCUCAUUGGGUUUAUGAGGCUUCGGUACAACUACUAUCGGUGAAACCCACGGUGUGGGGCCUUCUGCACGUUCUACUAUGCCUUCAUCUUCGAGUUGCUCUAGCUUUUUCUCCACUUGUUUUCUAACAUGAAACGGAAUGCGGCGAUGUGGUAAUGCUAUUGGUUUAACAGUUUCAUCUACAUGUAUACGUACUGGUUCCCCUUUGUAAUGACCCAUCCCACUGGUAAGGUUGGGAAAAUCCCUGAUAAAUUCAGGUGCAUUGGGGUGGUAAACUUGGAUCUGGUUGAUUAAUAACACCGACUGCUUUGAUUAGAUUUAGUUUUUGGGACGUUGACCAGCUGAGAAUAGAAUUUGACGAACCCUUCGCCACAUAAAAUGCUCCCUCUGAUGAGCCCAGUUUACUUGAAACUUUUGCUUCAAACUUGUCAUACAGAUUUAAUGGCUUUUCACUCAUGUAGGGGUACACUUUGGUUUUGGUUUCCGAUAUUUGGGGUUUUGGUACAAGACAAUUCAAGUCGAUUGAAUUCAAAUCUGCUAUUAUUCUAAUUGGAGUGUUCCCAAUCUGUACUUCAAAGAUAGGUUUACUAAGUUGGUUUACCUUGCACCAGUGGUAAAUGUAUAUUCUUCGCUGUUAUCACUGUCAGAUUUCUCAACACUACUACUUAUUUCACUAGAAUGGUUUUCUGCUGUUAUAGUUUUAGCACGCUCUUUACCCACUGGUGGUUUAAAUUGAUUGUUAGAUUUACUACGACAAACCUUAGAGAAAUGAUUCAAUUUUCUACACUUGUGACAACUUUUCCCUUGGGCAGGACAUUUACCCCGAUGUGGAUAAUUACCACCACACAGUCCACACUUCGUCUUGUGAGGCACUCUCCUUUGGUUAGGAUCUUUCUUAUAUUUAGUAAACUUAGUACGAUUAUAUUUACCGACUGCAUUUGAAUGCUGUUUUUCCAUUUCACUAGUGUGCUCAUUAGCAGUUUCUGUGGCUCGUGCAGUUUCGAGCACAUUGUUCAAUUGAUUUUCGUCUCAGUCUAAGUGAUGAAGUGCCUUGAAUAAUUUGACAUUUUAUUUCCAAAUCAGAGUUGGAAAAUUCACACUUUCAUGCAAGCAAUUGUAAACGAGUAUUAAAUUCAGUAAUGUUCUCACCUGAUUUCUGCAUUUGUUGUCGAAAUACAUAAACGUGAUGAUCAAUGCAUUUCUGUGGCUCAAAAUAUUCUGCAAGGGCUUUGACACAAAUCUUGAAGACAUCACUUCCUUCGGUUAGCUUGGGUACAUUGAGCGUUUCGAGAAUGUCACAGGUUUCUUCUCCAACGUAAUGCAAUAACAUGGCUUUCUGCUGACAAUCUUUGGUGAUAUUCAUAGCUUCAAACAUGUUCUUUAAUCUCUUGAUAUACUUUUCAAAUCGUGUUGGAGCGGUUUCUCUCGGGUGCAACUCAAACUCUGGAAAGUUUG